CCUCAUCUCAUCUUUCUUCCAAAAACAAACCGAGUCUGCAGUUGCACUCCCUAUACGACCUCUUCCCCAAGACCCAAGUCGAAUCCGCCCGCGUUGAGGAAGGAUGUGCUCCCAAGCCCCCAAAUCCCUAGACCUAGACCUAGACCUCGACCCCGAAUCCGAACCCUGCCCCGGCGUGACGACGACGGCCGAGCUCACCGACGGAGCGGAGAACCCCUGCUUGUCGCGGUUUCGCCACCGGCGGCUCCUCGCCUUCCUCUCGCGCCAGCGCUACGAUGUCGCCUUCAACGGGCUGAUGCUGCAGGCGGGUGAGCCCUUCUGCCUGGAGCAUCUGCAGGGGCUCGUGAGGAAGGGCCUGUGGGAGGACGCCAUCGACUACCUCGAUGGCUUCCUGCCUGCCGGCCCCAGGAGCCUCCACGCCCACGCCUUCCGCAACUUCCUCCUGAUGCACCACUACUUGGCCAGCAUCGCCGCCGGGGACGAGUCCGCCGUGGACAAGCUCCGGGCCCACCAUUGGAUUCAGCACGUCGUUGAUGCCUGGAAAACGAAAGCGAGCCACACAUUUCCUCGUGUCAUGGCCCAAGUUCUGCUCUCGUCGGAGCAGCUCAGGGCGUCCAUGGACUGGGAUGGAGUGAGGAGGGAGGCUGCGUACAUCCUCUCCAGGUUAGCUUCGAGGACCCCAGAGCUCAACAGGCCGCUCACAUUGCCGACUCGCUACACGAAGCCGCACCAAGUGCUUCCCAUUGACGCUGGCUCUGGAUUGUGCAGGCGGUGGCGCGUGAAGGAACAGCGUCCCCAUCUACGACCCGCUGCUGUUGCCAGGGCCAUCCUUUUUAGGGGGAGUCAGCGUUACACAAGAUCUCUAGCCAACUCAAGUUUCAAAUUCAUUGAGGAUGCAAAGGAAUGGUUUGCGACUAUCAUGGAUGAAAGCUUACGAGCUGGUUCAGGUAAAGCGACUUCCCUGCUACAACAAAUUAUGAAGGAAGGUGCUCCUGUUGCUCCAGUUUCGAUUGCAAGUCCUGCUAAAAGUUCUGGUACCUCAUCAUUGACAAAUGCAGUCCUUGCAGGUGCUCCUGUUGCUUCAGUGUGCCAGACUCUGAACAUGACAAGAGACGCUGAAAACUAUGGUAUCUCAUCAGUGACAAGUCCAGGCCCAGAAAAGAGUCAAGAAGGUGCCUGUGAUGGUUUCAAUCCCAGAAAGAAUCCACGGGCAGAAUUGGCAACUAUUGAUGGAUAUUUGGAUUCAAAAAGGCAACGUACUACUGGGACUUUUGGGGAAGCAAGUAUGGUGCCGGUGAAUGAAGUUUGGGCUGAAGCUCACUAGCUGGCUGGUGAAGUCAACCACCUAGGUUCAUAACCGAGAUAUGGUGACAAUGGUGGUGGCGGUGUACCUGCUAACUCGCACUUCGUUUAUGCUUUGAACUUGGAUGUUAAUUAUACAACUUUGUUUCCAAGUGCCUACUAUGAGCUAGUACUUCAUAAAGUAAUUCUGCUGUUGAUUAUGCAAAUAUGUUUCUAAGUGCCUACUAUGAGCUAGUACUUCAUAACGUAAUUCUGCUAGUGUUGGUUAAUCAGGCUGCUUACUGCCGGCAUUUUCUAUCACUGAAAUGAAAAUUAAUC